UUCAUUUGUAAGGGAAAAUGUCGACCUCAUUCAAGAAACCUCGGCGAAAUUUUCGCAAGAAAGUAAUAACAAUCGAUAGCGAUUCUGACAAUGAAAGUAGGAAUGAGAAUAAUUUUGAAAAUGAUCAGAAUGAAAUCAAAUCCCAAAUCAUCAGCGAUGACCAAAUUAAAAAGUCGAAGAAAAAGAAGAAAGAGGAAUCCCAAGGAAUGCAUCGUAGUAGCAGCGUUCUCAGCUUUAAAGAAGAAAAUGAAGAAGGUGAAGUUUUUAAAGUGAAGAAGUCAAGUCACAGUAAGCGGAUUGCCAAACAACUGAAGUUGGCGUCUAAGUUAGCAAGAGAAGAAGAGGAGAAAAGUAAGAAAAGGGAGGAGACUUCCCCUCAGAGGACCUCCCCAGUCUAUAGGGAGGACUCAUAUGAGGACAGGGAGGAUAAGGAUGAAGAAAUAAGAAGAUUACGUGCAGAGUUUCAGACCUUGAAUGGUGAGGACCUUGAGGAGAAUGAGAGUGAGGAGGAGACAGAGGGGGGAAGUCAGCUGAAGAAGAUGAUGAAGAAGGGGGAAAUCCCAGAUGCCAAUAUGAUUCACAUGAUCAGAAAGAGACGACAACAGGCAAGAGAUUUUGGAGAUUUCAUACCACUGGAUGACACAGAGAGGGCAGAAAAUACUAAAUCUCGACUUGUCAGGGAUGAUGACAAUGAUAAGUCGGAUGAUGAGGACGAUGAGAGGAUGGACUUUUCUGUAAACACCCAGGCAAGAGACAGGAUUAAAAUUCAGAAUGACUUCUUGGCAGCUGAGCAUGGAUCAGACAACGAGGAUAGUGACCAGGAGAGAGAGUGGGAGGAGCAACAGAUUAAAAAGGGGGUCAGCUUAGGUUCAGAGCAACAAACAGAUGGAAGUCUUUCAGCAACACCUGCACACAAUGACCAGUACAAUGGAUAUCAAGAAACAACGAUGGAGAAGAAAUCAUUCACACCAUUCCAGAGUUUGACCAAGUCCGCGGGCUCCACUAUAAUUAGUAUGGAGGUCAUCAGAAAACGUCUUCAAGACAGGUUGAAUUCUAUGGAUGAAGUUCAUCGUAGCCACGCUCGAGAAAGAGACUCGUUAGUUAGUGAUAUUAGCGACACUGAGAAAAGCAUUGAAACCUGUCAAGAACAAGUUGCAGGCUUGGAAGAGCGUUACCGCUUUUUCCAAGAAAUGAGGGGGUAUGUCAGAGACUUGGUUGAUUGUCUCAGUGAGAAGGUUCCAGAGAUUGAUAAUCUAGAACAGAGAAUGUUGACUCUGUGGAGGAACCGAGCACGAAAACUGGUGUCACGUCGACAGCAGGACGUCAGAGACCAAUGUCAGGAGUACAUGACAAGCAAUGCUAAUGUCGAUAUGAACUCACCUGAGGCACAGGAGAGACAGAGGCGAGCUGCAGAGAGGGAAGCUCGCAGAUCACGCAGGAGACGAGCAAGAGAAUUAAAAGACAUAGUUGGACACCAUGACGGCUUGUCAUCAGACGAAGAAGAAAAUCAAUCAGAAAUAGCAAAAUAUAACCUGGAAAAAGAGUCAGUGCUGGGGUCCCAGGAGAGGGUCUUUGAGGAUGUUGUGGAGGAUUUCAGCGAGGUGGACAGUGUCCGGGAACACUUUGAGGAGUGGAAACAAACCUAUAAGGACACUUACCAGGACGCGUACAUAGGACUGUGUCUCCCUAAACUAUUUAAUCCUUAUAUAAGGCUUAGUCUUAUAAAUUGGAACCCACUAGAGGCUAACUGUUUGGACUUUGAGGACACUAAAUGGUUUGAAACUCUCAUAUUUUACGGAUUCAAACUCCAGGAGACGAUAUCUAAAGGAGACGAUGAUGCAAGACUACUUCCAUCCAUUGUAGAAAAAGUUAUAUUACCAAAAUUAACAGUGCUAGCAGAAUCAGUCUGGGAUCCAUUAUCAAUAACACAAACAUCCCGCUUGGUGAAUGUUGUUUCCAAGCUCAGUCAAGAUUAUCCAUGUAUACAGGCCAACAACAAAAUUACACAGCAUCUACUAAAUGCGAUUGUUAAAAGGAUCAGGACAACGUUAGAAGAUGAUGUUUUUAUGCCUCUGUAUCCAAAGUCGGUUUUGGAAAACCGAUCAUCAAACUCCUCUGUGUUUUUCCACAGACAGCUGUGGGUCUGUAUAAAGUUGCUAGGGAACAUCCUGAGUUGGCAUGGUAUUUUAUCCAAUCAGAUGCUGCUAAGCUUAUCACUUGAUGGACUCCUCAAUAGAUAUAUCAUUCUGGGACUGUGUAAUUCUGGUGUGAACAAAGAGACGAUACAGAAGUGCCAGUCUAUCAUCUCCACAUUCCCCCGGGAGUGGUUCAGUGAUCUAGAUGAGGACAGGACCAUGCCACAGUUGGAGAAUCUGAGUCGUUUUCUCGUGUCUGCAGCCAAGACCCUGUACACCGAGGGUCACAGUAAACAUGACUUUGACAAGAAGGACUCCAGGGAGUACAUCAAACAGAUCAGCAAGAUGUUGGUCAAUAUCCACGCCAUGGAAUAUGCUGUCAAUCUCCCUAUGUGAGCUGAAUACGUGUAUGUGUCUGCUGUGUCUGAAAAUGGCAGUUCAAGAUUCAGAAUAAGUUUUUGCAUCACAAGUGAUAUUGACCUUCCAUCACAAGUGAUUGACUUUCCAUCAAAAGUGAUAUUGACCUUCCAACACCACUGAGGCUAACCAGUGUUGUUGACUAAUCAACACUGGCUGACUGAAGACAUUGCUGUCAUGAAAUGGAUUCUCAUCUAAUAGCAAUCAAUGAUUUUAGAGUCUUGUUACAUGGACUAUCUAUUUGACAUUAGACAGGACUGUCCAGUUGUGUUAUUGCCAAAGUUUUAAAUAUUCUUUGCUUCAGUGGGAUAUAACUUUAUCAGCUGGAUAAGUUGAAUGUGAUUCAGAAUUUAAUUGAUGAAAUCAGAUGUUAAACAGAUCUGACUGUCUUUAAAGUAAAAAGGUUAUACUGAGGUAAAUAAAGUCAAUUUCUUUAUGAUCAGAUGAAACUGUCUUCAUGUUGUAUAUGUCAUAUGAAUCAUUGACAGUUUGGAAAUAAAAGCACAUAACAUCAACAUCA